AUGAGUGUAUUGGAAGAGUUGGCGUUUGCGGCGGCGGAGGAGCUGGAAUUGUCCGCUGAUCAAAUUAGAGCCAACGAUCAGUUGCAGGAGGAUGAGCUGCUUGCAAUGGAGUCUAUCUAUGGAGAAAAUGUCAUCAUUCUGGACAGGCAGAGAGGCUUGAGAACUUUCCAGGUUCACAUUGAACCUAAAAUUCCUGAUGAACUUACCAUAACCACGAAACUUUGUACAACGAGUAGUGAGAUGGAGAUGGCAAGCACAAGUUCAACAGACGAAUUCUCAUAUUCAUUCAGAGUCAAGUUUCUUCCCCCAAUUGUGUUGACCUGCUCAUUCCCUACAUCUUACCCGAGCCACAAACCUCCACAUUUCAUCAUUUCUGUUCAGUGGUUGGACUCACUUAAAAUUUCCGGUAUGUGUUCUGUGUUGGAUUCCAUAUGGAUGGAACUACAAGGGCAAGAAGUCAUGUACCAAUGGAUCGACUGGCUUCAAAGCUCUUCACUUUCUCACCUUGGAAUCCAUCAACAGAUCAUACUCGGUCCUUACGGAAUAAAGCAUGCUGGAGACAGGCGUGCAGUUUCAGAAAGCAUCUCCCCGGAUUCCGACAUUCCCUUACUGAGGAGGUAUAAUGAUGAGCAGGUCCUUGAGAAUUUCCUCAACAACUUGCAUGAGUGCUGCAUCUGUUUCUCUGAGCACCCAGGCGGUGACUUUGUCAGGCUACCAUGUCAGCAUUUCUUUUGUCAGAACUGCAUCUCGACUUAUUCCGACUUGCACGUUUCAGAAGGCACCGUGAAUAAACUCCUCUGCCCGGAGUUGAAAUGCGGGGGGAUGAUACCACCUGGUAUAUUGAAACAGUUGCUCGGCAAUGAAAAAUACGAUCGCUACGAGGCUCUGAUGCUGCAGAAGACGCUGGAUUGUAUGUCGGAUGCUGUGUAUUGCCCGAGAUGUGAAUUCGUUUGCAUUGAAGACGAGGACCAUUUUGCUCAGUGCUCCAAGUGUUAUUUCAACUUUUGCUCUCUUUGCAAUGGUGCACGCCAUGUGGGUGAACCUUGCCUAUCCCCAGAGUCGAAGCUUCAACUAUUGGAGGCGAGCCUCAACUCCCCUUCUCGAACCACGGGGGCUCAGAGACGGCUGGAGCUGGAAAAUAAGAUCAACGAAAUCAUGAGCGAGAGGGAGGUGGCUCGUGUUUCCAAGAUUUGCCCACAUUGCAAAAUGGCGAUCUCGAGAAUCGAUGGCUGCAACAAGAUGGUCUGCGGGAGCUGUGGGAAGUACUUCUGUUACCUAUGUAACAAACCCAUUAACGGAUAUGAACACUUCAGGGAUGGUGCCUGUGAGUUAUUCCCAACGGUGUCAUCGGUUCAGCAGCAGUGGCAGGAGCGGACGAAUGGCCGUCAGGCUGUGGGUCGACUCCGAUCUGAACUCAAUCUCGGUCGUGGUCACAAAUGCCCUUUGUGUAGUCAAGAGAAUGUGAAGACGGACAAUAACAAUCACGUAUUAUGCUGGGCGUGCCAGACGCACUACUGUUACUUGUGCCGCAAGGUUGUGAAGCGCAGCAGCGAGCAUUUCGGGCCGAAGAAAUGCAAGCAGCAUACAGAGGGAUAGAGGGUCGAGCGGAUACAAUACACUACUCUAUUUUUGUUAUUGCCCAAUUGUAAUUGAUGUCAUCAUUAGCUCAUUAGCGCCUUUACUUUAUGUUUGGACAUUCGAUUAUUUAUAUUCUCUAAUCAAGUUGUGGAAUUCCAGAGCAAGAGUUGCUUGAUUACAUCUCGGGGGUUGCUGUGUGACUGUGAAGUCUUUAAAUCAUUUUCGAUUAAGUUCAUAAAUCCGACAAACAUAUCGUG